AUGUCCUUGACGACGACGGCAAGGACGCCUGCGACGGUGGGGAAGUUGUCUCCGUCUUCAGGGAUAUUCAGCAUUCCUGAUAACAUCAGCCCCGUGACGGCGGAGGAGGUGCCGAAGAGCCGCGACAGCCUUCUCACUGAUAUGUCCCUGUCGGAGCUGUCGCGGCAGUCCGUGCUGCAGUCCGAGCCGGUGGUGCUGCGUUUGUGCCACGUGGGGAAGAGCUACCCUAUCGCCGGCUCCGAUGAGCGUGUUGUGGCGCUCAAGGAUAUUACGCUGGCGGAGUCAAAGCACUCGAACGCGGCAACGACGAAACAGGGAGCCUCCACCACAAACUGCCUGCAACGCAGCAACCUACCUCCGCCGUUUGCGCCGGUGCGACGCGGAGAGUUCGUCAUGAUCCGUGGACCCAGCGGUGGUGGCAAGACAACGCUGCUAAACAUAAUUGGCAGCAUCGACUCCUGCACCGAGGGUAACAUCGAACUAAACGGGAGGAUCAUCGACAAGGACACCAAGGAGAGCGUUUUGGCAGACAUCCGCCUGAAAAAUAUCGGCUUCGUGUUCCAGACGUUCAACUUGAUCGCCACCAUGACCGCCGCUGAGAACGUGGAGCUGCCUAUGACGCUACUGGGCACGAUGUCAACGAAGGCAAUGCGACUGCGGUCUCGCCAGCUGCUCACGCUAGUCGGAUUGCGCAACCGCAUCAACCACCUCCCCUCCGAGCUCAGUGGUGGCGAGCAGCAGCGUGUGACGAUUGCGCGAAGCUUGGCGAACAAUCCAUCUAUCCUACUGCUUGACGAGCCGACAGGCGACCUGGACACGGCAAACACGAUCGAGGUGAUGGAUCUCCUCAUGCGCAUCAACCGCCGCACCAAAACGACGUGCAUCAUGGUCACACAUAAUCCUGACAUCGAGUGCUACGCCGAUCGCAUCCUUUACGUGAGCGACGGCCGCUUUGCAAAGGAGGUUUUCAAUGCGCUGCCUAUGUGCCUCGACCUGGAGAACUACACCGAGUACCUGGCCGCCAAAGAGAGGGCGAUCACCGGUUUCGCCGGGGUCGGGGAUGUCGAGGAUGACAGCGAGCCGAGAGCCACUGCGGCGAUGGCAGAAUGCAUCGGCACCAAGGGUUGUGAGAUCGAAAAGCCGAAUUCCAGCCCUGUGCUGAUGGAGCCUCUUACCGAGGGGCAGUCAGCGUGCUCCAUUGUGUCGCCUGCCGCGUCGCGCUCAGCAGUUGUGCAACCUCUCUGCCCUCCGGCCGCCGCCACGGCACCGAGCGUCAACGGCGUCACCCAGACUGUCCUAGACACCACGCAUCACGGCAGCGCCUCCGUGCCCCCUGCGUCCGCUUCUUCAGCGUUGCUGCAGCGCGAGGAGAGGGAGGUCCCCAACGGACUGUAG